CCUAACCUAAUGUCUGUCUGCGCAAUGUUAGGUUAUUUUGGUUGUUGUCAUGAUAAGGUUGAUUACUUCGUAUGAAAUUGGGUUUUUUAUAAGUUUAUUAAUUUGUGUUGUGAAUAUAAAUUUAAAUCCUUUGGCUAAUCAGACGUAGUGUAGCAAUUAAUUGAACUGAGUUUGAAUACUUUGCCCAAAUAAUAAGAAAGAUGAGUUUUGUCAUAUCGCUUUGUCAUUUCUGUGAUCUCCAUGGACCAAGCAUACUUCUCACGUGUUAUUCUGCACCACAAGAGGAAGAACUUCAGAGUUCCAAUGAUGUCACAUGCCAGGCUUGUUCGAUGGCGGAGAAGUACGUGACUGUUGAGAGAGUAUCUGGGACCCGCUACAUCAGCAGUCGUCUGCCUGUUCAACGUCAAGCCCUGGUUUCCUGGCUGACUCAUGUCUGUGUGCGGAGUCUCAGCUGUGAGCUGAACCCUUGUGUGUUCUGUGAACCCCCCAACUGUGCUCUGUCCAUCUCAUUCUCUGUGCGUGAUGCCAAAGCUCGAGGAUUCUACCACUGGCUUAGCAUUGUUGUCAGUUCACGUGAUCUGGCCCUGUUGGCUUCUAGUUGGCCCUUCCUUUCACACAACAUUCAGUUAAUUGUUAACUGGCUUCAAGACAAGGCAACAGAGGUUUACAACUUGGAGAGACCGUUCCGAGGCAUUGAGCCAUCUCAGUCUCGGCCCUUACCUCAGCUUGUCAAGUCGAAAGCUGUAUACGCAAGGCUCCAUUGUUGGUUUGCUUGGAUAAUCGAAGCUUGCAAUUCUCGUCUGUCUGAAGUCAUUCCUCGCUCUCCCUUCUACAAACUGCAGCCUCAGCAUGUGUUUGAGGAGGGUAGCCUGAAGUCCCUCCGGACGUUUCUGACCGCUCCAGUGUUUGACCUGGCAGCACUGAAUGUGCUGGAAGGUCGACAAGUCAUUGUGAGAGGUGACAUUCCUGCACUGGUCCAGGCAACAGUCCUCACACUUAAGGAUCUGUAUGUUCUCAUAAGCUUCAAGUAG